AUGCCCCGCAUGUUCUUGCUGGGAAUCCUGCUUUCCAUCCUGAUCUACCCUUUCCCUCGAUCUCAUGUCAGUGGUCUUCCCUUGCCGAACGUCGACCACCGCUGGCAAGUACAGCAGCAACACUUGACUUCCUCCACUUCCUGUGUUUUAGAGGGCAACUCAGAACUCUACGGCCUGGGCAUCCGACUGGGUGUCUAUUUCCAGCUCAUUUCAACGCUGCUCGCCAACCACUUUCUGCCCGACGCUCUCCGCGAAGCAUGGGACGCCAAUACCAUCUUCCUCACCUCCAUCCUAAUUGCCAUUGUCAAGUCGUCGGUUCGCGUGGGGGAUCUAACGGCUCCAGAGGCUUUUGUCAUGCUGCAGAUGCUGUUCGCAUUUCUCCUCGCGGUAUAUCAUGUGGGAUCGAGCACAAAAUGGGUUUUCUUCGAACUAAUGAGACAUAGCCUGGAAUUUCCAGGCACAAAAAUUGGCGACAAUCUAAUGCACUCCCUUUCGGAGCUGGGAAGGGCCAAGAAAGAUGUGUCUCCCCUCGGGACAAUGUUACGUCGAUUCCUCACCAUUGCAAUAGCGGCGUACAAUGUAUGGUUCUGGUUUACCGGCAGCUUUUUUCUCGAUAGAGAUCGCGCUUGCCAGUCGGCCAUGUUCCUGUUUGCAAGAUUGAAUCUACACGGAAGUCCCCAAGUCCUAUUCCGGCUACUUAGCACUCUUUAUCUUCUGUACCAGGCCUUUCUACUUCCUGGGACCAUGGGCUGGUAUUGGUACGCUCUCAUUCGGCUACUCCACCACUAUCGGCCUGAAAGUUUGAAGAAGCCGCCGCCGAGCUUUUGGGAGAUGUGUUUAAUCCGCAAUUUGGAUCCUAGGAGGGAAUCUGAGAAACAGACGGAGAAUUUGGCUACAAAAGGAGACGAACCCGAAUGGAGGAAAGUCCGCCAAACGCUAGACAAACGACUCUAUAUUCAUACAGCUUUCACAGCCUUAUGGCACGGGGUCACUUUUACUACCAGCUUAUCUUUCAUCAUUUGGUCUAUACUUACCAUUGAGUUCACGUUGAUUUGGAAUAAUGCGCAAGACGUCUACAGCAUUAGCUCGACCGGCCAGCUCAUUCCCUUCAUUACAGCUAGAAAGCCACCAAAACCUGAGCAAGUGCUUCAGAAGGAUUCGGCUGUCUGGAAAUACCGAUUAAACAAUGCCGAAUACGCAGUCUUUCAUGCCGGAUUCCCUCAAAGGAGGCGGAGCUUUGACGAUAGAAACACACGGCCCUCCCUACACGGCUUGGACAAGCGUAGAAACGCUAAAACAGAUCGCCUUGCACCUGUAUAUCCCAUUCCGAAAGACGACGAAAAUUAUCGCCCUGGUAAUCUUCCAGGGAAAUCCAAUAUCUGGAUUGUUCCGCAGUCCGGCCGCUUCCUCUAUUGGACCAAGGAAAAGAAAAGCCUACACAUCUUUCAUAGUUAUACACUCACACGUCGAAUCAGUCUGGACGACGUCGGCGCCUUUCAGCAGAGCGCAUUACCCACACCACACCCUGCGCGACUAGGGACCUGGUUACCGUUAUCUCUGUACAAAGACCAUCAAGAGAAUGAAUCCAAUCGACCUCGCUGGCUCCGACAUCAGCAAGCUGAAUUUCACAAGGCCGUAAGUAAAGAUAAAGGAAGAGAUAAACUGACCGGUGCCGAUUCGAAUCAUGAACGACACUUCUGGCUUCCGGGUGACGUCGAUUCCCGGUCAUUUUGCACACUAUCUUCUAUGGAUUUAGAACCAGACACGGUCGCUCCAAAGCCGCGAAGAUGGAGCUUCGACGAAAAGGAUAUUGCAUAUCCAGGGUACGAAGACCCUAAUGAUCGCUACCCUUUCGAGACCGAAUCGGCCGGCGCCUUCGAGCUUGAUAUACUGCACUCUCAACGCCCCGUCCUCCCGCCUGGAGCAUAUUUUCCGACGAAAGCUUCACGCUUAUCCAGCAGCACAAGAAGCUUCUACGAUAUUGGUUUAUAUCCAGAGUACGAAGACCCUGAUGAUCGCUACUAUUUCGAGUCCCGGUUGGCCGGCGCCGUCGCGCUUGAUAUACUGCACUCUCAACGCCCCAAGCUUCUACAAUAUUGGUUCCCACACAACAUCUUCAAGCAGGGGCAGGAAUUGGACUCGAAGAUCUGGCAGCCCGACAUCAGGUGCGCCUCGCACAGACUCCGGAUCCAGACGCCGUGGUCAUGGAGUUGUACGAUCUCCAUCCAUUGUGGGUUCCACAAGCCCGGCGAGGACGACUCACGGUAAUCGGCGCGGGCUGCUAGCGCCCGUGUUCACCGUCUUUAGGGCGAUCUUCAAGGUGGUCAUCAAGCUAGCUUAUCGCUUGCUCCAAACUGUGGCCGUUAUCUUCAAUAUCGUUUUCUUAUGCGCCCCUUUCCGCGCAGCCGGACGCUGCUUUCGCCGAAGACAGACAGUUCGCUCGUGGUCACGACGAUUUCCCCGCAAGCCCUCCCACCUCCGCGCUCACGCCGGGCCGGAGAGCGUAGGGUUCAAAUAUGCAUCCCAAUCCACCCGUCGCCGCUGCAUGUGUCCCUACUGUGAUGCAGAUUUCAGGCUCGACGAUCGUCGACGUAGAUGGCUUCAUCUACCGCCGCCAAAUCCGCCGCCUCGGUGGGCACGACACUGGCCGCUGUCGCUGUUGGAGGGCACAAAGCCGACUUCGAGCCUAUCAGAGGACGACUCGAGACCGAGUUAUGUAUUCAGACCCUCGUACACCAAAGACUUUGUGAACCGACUGUUACAGAGGAGGGAAAGCAGAUGGCUGGAAGCUUUGGCUAGCUGGGAGAGAGAGAUAGAGAUGUUGCGGUAUGCGCAAAAUGCCGCUCGGGAAGCUGAGACGGAAGGGGACGACAAGGAAAACCGAGAGGCUUAUGAGCCGAUUGAACAGACAAGAAACCUGUCUCCAUAGUCAUAUACCUUGCAAG